AUGUCGCGACGCAAGCAAUCCAAGCCACAGCACAUCAAUUCAGAAGGACCAAAUUCGGCAGAAAACGGGGUUCUACAAGAUGCCCAAACUGAGGAGGAUUCCAGUGAAGUCAAGAGGUGUCGAAUGGAUGAAACAAGAGUUUGUGAAAAAUGCUGUGCUGAGUUCUUUGAUGAACCAGAGUUUCUUGAGCACAAGAAAAAUUGCACUAAGAGCCAACAGGUAGUCAUUAUGAAGGAUGUGGAAGGGGGUGAAGUACUUCCUGAAUUUUCUGAGCAGUCCUCUGGAGACUUGCAAAGUGAUUUUGGUGAUGCCCAGUCCAGCAGUAAUUCCCAGGUAAAGCAUAGCAUGGAGUCAGUGGAGACUAUAAAGGAUGAACCAAACCUGAAUGGAGAUGGUGCCUCGAAACAAAUCCAGCAGAUGUCCAACAGUCCUGACACCGGCUGCAUACCUACUUCCAAAUUGCAAGACUCUAAUGUAACCCUUGAAACCAUGCCUGCCACUAGAGUAGCUGUAACACAGCAUUCAUCUAAUUCCUCUAGUCAGAAGUCUCAAACACCCUCAUCACAGCCAGAUGUGUUGCAUGCCAUACCCAUGAUCCUUGAACAGCUGGUCAACCUUCAGCAACAGCAACUUCAGCAGAUCCAGCUAACUGAGCAGAUUCGCAUCCAAGUGGCUAUGAUGGCACCUCACAGCCUUCACUCUGCAGUGGGAGCUGCAGUGGAUCCACUGAAGGCACUCGGUGCACAUCUUUCCCAGCAGCUCUCAACUGCUGCUGCCCUAAUUGGAAAACGAACAGGCUCUCAGAGUUUGACUUUGGAAGCUCUCAAGCAAGGUAAACUGAAUCAGCCCAGUAGUAUUCCCACAUCGCUUACUGGAGGUGUUGGCUCCAUACCAUUGAAGACUGACGUGAUGAAAGGACUCCCAGAUCUAGCCAGCCGACUUCCAUCUUUACUUCCCCAGUCUCCAGCAGUUAUGGCAUUCCAGAGUCCCUUCAGUGGCCUUGCAGCAGGUAUGGAUCCCUCCAAAAAGGCAAAGAACAAGAUGCCUGGCAUGGCAGAAGUAAAGAAUGGAUCUGGUGAACAGAUGUUUAAACAUAAAUGCAAGUUCUGUGGGAAGACCUUUGGGAAUGACAGUGCCCUCCAGAUUCAUUUGCGUUCGCACACUGGUGAAAGACCAUUCAAAUGUAACAUCUGUGGAAACCGCUUCACAACCAAAGGGAACCUCAAGGUGCAUUUCCAGAGGCACAAAGACAAAUACCCACACAUUAAGAUGAAUCCACAUCCUGUACCUGAGCACCUAGACAAUAUUCCCACAAACAACGGCAUUCCAUAUGGCAUGUCUGUUCCAAUGGAGGAGUCCAAUAUUGUAGACAAACCAGUGAUUGGACUCCCUUCCACAGGUCUCCACCCAUCAGUGCUCCAGGGAUUCAAGCCUUCUUUUGAUAUUCCAAUGACCGAUCUCUACACACAAAGACCCUCCUCAUCUGGCAGUGAUGGUGCAUCCAUUUCCUCGGGCAUGUACUCUCAUGAGGUGGGACUAGAUCAGAGUAAGGAAGCCACAGAUGCACUAGCUAAUCUGCAUCAUAUGAAUGCUACUGGUCUCUCUGGUGAGAGUGGCUCUGGCACAGCCAAACUUCAGCAAAUGGUGGAUGGUCUGGAGAAGAGAACCAAUGACCCUAAUGAAUGUCUGAUCUGCCACAGAGUCUUGAGCUGUCAAAGUUCCCUAAAGAUGCAUUACCGUACACACACUGGUGAGCGACCCUACAAGUGUAAGAUUUGUGGCAGAGCCUUCUCUACCAAAGGCAACCUUAAGGCCCAUUACGGUGUCCACAGGGCCAAUACUCCCCUUAAGAUGCAACACUCUUGCCCAAUUUGCCAAAAGAAGUUCACUAAUGCAGUUGUACUACAGCAGCAUAUUCGAAUGCAUAUGGGUGGCCAAAUCCCCAACACUCCAUUACCGGAGAGCCCAGAAACGAUGGAUACCUGUUUAACAGAUGAAAAGAACAUGGAUGCCAGUGGGCUUGAGGAGAGCAUGGAGGAACAAGAUUUGGAUUUGGACAAUCAGGAGAAGCAAACCAGCUCUGAGCUGCCAACUGUGCCUGUCCCCAAAGGGGAUCAGCCCUUCAGUGGCUCACCUGCCAUGUUCUCAGGCAUCACUGCUCUAGAAAACCACAUGAAAAGCCUCACAUCAGCCUUGAACUUGCAGCGACAGAGUAGCACUGCAUCCGAGAGUGAUGGUGGGCUCAAAGAGUCACCGUCAACAGCUGGGGAGCUAGAAUACAAGAAUGGACGCAGUCCAGCUGUGUCUGAUUCAGUCUCCUUUCACUCUUCAUCUCCAGUAGAUGGCCAACUGGAGAACACGCAGACAAAGUCUCCAGAAUUUGUAAACGCAGAUGAUGGAAAUGGUGUCACUGGUAGAACAGACUCUGAUGGUGGAGCUCAGGAUUUCACUGAAACGAAUGGAGCACUGGACUUGACUUCUAGCUAUACUGCAAAAGCCAUCAAAGAAGAGCCUGGUCUGUUUCCAAAUGGAGAAUACUCUGCUGGGCACAUGCCCUUCAUGAGGGUGCCUCCAAGUCUGGUUAAACUGGAAAUGCAGAUUCCUCCUGAGAAUCUAAUGGGAGCCCAAAAUCAGUAUAGCUCUCCACUGUCCCAGGGGACAGGCACUCCUCCCCCAAGCUCCAGUGCCCCUCGUCGCUCGGCCAAGCAACAUCUGUGUAAUGUAUGUGGCAAAAACUUCUCAUCAGCCAGUGCACUGCAAAUUCAUGAACGCACACACACUGGAGAGAAGCCCUUUGCUUGCACCAUUUGUGGCAGAGCUUUUACAACAAAAGGAAACCUCAAGGUACAUGUGGGAACACAUAUGUGGAAUAAUUCAGCAAGGCGUGGUCAGCGUUUGUCUUUAGAUAACCCCAUGGCAUUGAUGGCCAUGAGUGCUGAGUCCAAGAUGAUCCCAGACAUGUUACAGCCCCCAAAAGAUCUGAUCUCCCCACCAAUGAACUUUGACCCAUCAGUAUGGAAUCAGUAUGCUGCUGCUUUCACAAAUGGACUGAGUAUGAAAACUAAUGAGAUUUCAGUCAUCCAGAAUGGAGGAAUCCCAGUCCCUGGAAGCCUUGCUGGAGGUCCAUUGGUUGGAUCUACAGGAGGACUGAUGAAGAUGGACUCCUCUCACUCAGGCAUUCCAGCUACAGUUGCUGACAUGGAAAAGAAUGGCUCGGAGAGUGUAGUAAAAUCACAAUUUCCACAUUUUAUGGAGGAGGGCAAAGUGAAUUAA